ACGCCAGCUAGCUCAUGAUCCGCUACCGGCACGAGCUAACUAUUAUUACUCCCGAACUUUCAGCCGGCUCUCAAGAUAUAAGUCCACAAGUUGAGAAGCCCCUAUGAGUAAGACCUAGAAAGCUGAGCCAAUUAUCAUCAAUCAAUAACAUCCCUCUCUACCAUCGCAGAACCAUUCGACUGCUCUCCAAACUUUAUCCACCAUGCCUUCUCUCAUUACACUUUCAAUGAUGGUCGGAACCAUUGCGACAUCAGUGGUCGCAGAUAUCUACAACGUCAACGUUCCCUCGGGCUUCUUUCCUGGUCCUCAGUCUGGCAUUGGCUCAUGGUACCGCGCCUCCACCGGCCAGGACUCAACCAAUGGAAACAGCUGGUGUGGCUACAAGUACUACAACUCAGACCCUUUGUUUGCUCCCUCUCUGAAGGCAAUGGGUGGUGCCACGUAUAACUCCAACCCCGAUGCCUGGAGACAGCAGACUAGGAAGUACUGUGGCCUGGAAGCCAAGGUCACGGACCCCACUACCGGCAAGAGUCAGCUUAUGUACAUUGGCGAUUCCUUUGACGAUCAAUGGGUCAGAACGCCCGCAUCUAUCGACAUCAUGAUUGACGCCUUCUCCAACAUUCACGGAAAUCCCAACGGGGACAAGAACAACGUCAUCAAGGGAGUUCAAUGGGAGCUCACAGGCAGAGUCAACACCAAGUAUGCUGCACCAGGCGCGUCUUGGCCUCCCGCGUCAGGCGGUUCUGGCACUGGCGGUUUGGGAGCCAAGUGCGAUGGGCAGACCAAGUUAUGCAACAGCGGCCUUACAUGUCUCUCCCCUGAUGGUGUCUGCAGCGACAAGGCUUGUAAUUGGGGGUGCCAAGGAUGGUCUUGCGGCUCAAGUGUGCCGUGCCAAAAGCCCUGGAACUGUGUCAGCGGCUUUUGCAAUGUUUAGAAACGAAAAUGGUGAUCCCGAUUAUUCCUAAGUGAUCCGGGUGUUCGCCACUACUUGAUGGAUCAACUUAAAGACCUGAGUUAAGAUAAGAACUUCUGGCGCUCAACACGCCAAUGUACUGAUACAAACUCCACCGUCACAAAAAACUCAUC